UGUAAUAAUUUCAAACAACUGGGUUGUUCAGCAAUUAAAAAGAAAAAUCUGUAUUAAUGGCACUUAAAAGUGAUUUUUAAGCUUUUUAUAGAUUCGUUUCGUUAUUUCGUGAUACCCAUGUUUAUUUUUGUAUUUCCUCUGUUUUGAUUUCAUAGUCAAUCUCUUAGUUAUAUGUACUUAAGAGCACCGUGUAGGCGAAGGUAACCUCGUAACCCUGUUCACAUAUGUAUUCCAUGAACUACGCUGUGUUAGUAUUGCUAUUGUUGUUAUUAUAAAAUCGUUAAGAAAUCGUUGUUGUUACGAUCCCCAGCAACAGGGAGAUAGUAAUUUAGAGUUAUCGGACUUGCAGUGCGAACCACCAGGUGACGCUGUCGGUUGAAGGGUGACCCUUGGCAAGAAUGGCCUUAGUUUACGGUCUUUGCGCGAGGAAGGGUUUAUUAGGGAUUCGUAAAUUAGGAAGACAUCUUCACAGAAAAUUCUCCAGUAAACUGUCGAAUAAAGAACACUGCAACGUGGGUACGAUCGGCCAUAUAGACCACGGUAAGACGACUUUAACUGCUGCUAUUACUAAAGUCCUUUCCAAAGAGGGUUUGACGAAGUUCACUUGCUACGAAGACAUCGAUCGCGCACCCCAGGAAAGACUGCGCGGAAUUACUAUCAACACAGCUCUCGUUCAGUAUGAAAGUUUAUGUCGACAUUAUGCUCACAUAGACUGUCCAGGCCACGUCGAUUACAUCAAGAAUAUGAUUACGGGUGCCUCGCAGAUGGAUGCAGCUAUUUUGGUGGUUGCUGCCACGGAUGGAACGAUGCCGCAAACCCGCGAACAUCUCCUUUUAGCAAAACAAAUAGGAAUUGAAAGAAUUGUUAUUUUCCUCAAUAAGAUUGAUUUAGUUGAUUCUGAAUUAGCUGAACUCGUGGAAAUAGAGACUCGGGAAUUGUUAGACGAGUAUGGCUUUGAUGGGAAAAACACACCCGUUGUUUUAGGAUCGGCUCUUCAGGCUUUGAAUGGUGUGUCCCAAUUUGAGAAGUCCAUUAAAAACUUAAUUACAGCAAUGGAUGACUAUAUAAUUAUUCCUGAUCGAAAUGUAGAAGCACCGUUUCUUUUCCCCGUAGAUUCGGUUGUAGCGAUUAAAGGACGGGGUACUGUUGCCGUCGGAACUGUCCAGCAAGGUAUUUUAAAAAAGGGUAAUAAUGUUGAUAUACUGGGACACGGUGCUUCUUUAAAAUCUGUUGUAUCUGAUAUACAAAUUUUCAAAAAUUCAGUUUUAUCUUGUUCAGCCGGUGACAAUGCAGGGGCGCUUCUAAGGGGUAUGCGCCAAGAAGCUGUGAUACGAGGUAUGUUUUUGGCUCAGCCUAACACUUUUAAACAAUAUGAUAUGUUUGAAGCGCAAAUUUACGUUCUUACUCCAGCUGAAGGAGGACGUAAUAAACCUAUUAGCCACAAGUAUAUCCAACUGUUAUACAGUGCAACUUGGAAUAUUUCUUGUUGUGUGUAUCUACCGGACAAUACACCUUUGAUUAUGCCAGGCGAUACUUUAAAAACAAAGAUCUUGCUGAGAAAACCGAUGGUAUUCUUAUCAGGACAACGUUUCACGAUUCGUGAAAACCAAAUUAGUGCCAUUACUGGUAUUAUCCUUCGACCACUGACAUCUGAAAACAUUGAAAAAAUCGCUGGGUUUAAUUACGAACGGCCAAGACCUCACUUUAUUGAAAGUGGUAAUUAUCUUGUUCAAAAAAAGCGUAAAAAGAAAACAUCUUAAUAUUCGAAAUGUUUAUGCUUAUCUAAAGUAUGCUAAAACCCCUUUUUGAAAGAGUAGUUAUGUGUUAACUAAUGCUGUAGAGAUUACAUUGAACUUUUUUGAAAACUUCUCUCUCUGCAGCUCAGAUCAUCAAGUUUCAAAGGAACUAAUAUUUAUAUUUAUAUUAAAAAAGAAAAAAAAAAGACAUGCUUUGACACCCAGAAA